AUGUUCUUGCACCGUGCAUCCUUUCAAGGAGAGGCAGUCCUUCUGCGCUUGUUGGACCCUGCUCUGCAGGUACGAGUGCGAGUUCAGCUGUCCAGCGCAUGGGCGCGAGAGAUUCUGUGGAGGCGGUCCGGCGAGGUCGAAGCAGAGGUGCGGGAGUGUCUUCAAGCUCAGCUCCUUUCUGCGCCCAUCGAAAAGUUGAUUGAAAUGAGCUGGUCUUGUUACGAGCCAUUGAUGUUCCAGAGGCGUCUGGCCCAGGUCCACAAGUCCGGAGACCCUUUGCGCAUUGUGGCGGUGGAUGAGAAUUGCCAGCUUCACAGAAGGACAUGUGGGAUGCCCUAUGCUGAAGUUAUUCCGUGCCCACUCAUUGGCAAGCUCCUCCUACGCGACUGUAGCCGCCGACCAUAUGGAAAGGACACCCUGUGUCGCCAGCGUGCUACUCUCAGAGAUGAAGCGCCGCGCCCAAGCCAUGUUGAAAUUGGCCGCCAUCGGUUGAGGAGAGCUUUGCGCACUGAAGGUGAUGUUCAAUACCUCGAGAUCCAAAUGGAAGGACAUGGCAAUUGGCAGCCUGCGGCCACCGUACACGAAGAAACGCUGCGUCGUUAUUUUGCAACCUUAGCAGAUGGAAACAUUCGGCGAAGGAGACAGCGGCGGGUGGAAUCACGGGCUCAGAGGUGGACAGGCAUGCGCCCAAGAAGACAAACCUACCUUGCUCCAUGGUCUUCUACGCAGGCUCGAGCAGAGAGCGCUUGCCAAACUCACAAAGAGACGGAGAAGCAUAUCACCGCCGCGGCUCGCACGGCAGGGCACCUUCUCGCAGUGACGCAUGGAGGAAUGAUUAUAGACGCAAUGGAACUCAUCACUGCCGAGUCGCUAUCCCAACGCUAUGCCUAG